AUGUCCCCUACUCAAUUGCAGUACCAAUCUUCGUGGUUCCAGGGUCCUCAUUGGUUGUGUCAAGAACAAGAAUAUUGGCCACGAACGGAGGAAUCAAACCAAGAAGAGCUUGAGCCCACUCUGUUAGAAGAACGAUCGUCGUCGUUUCCCACUCAAGCAUUUCCACCAAGUGAACUAUUCAGCAUCAGAUCGUCGUACACGGAUCUUGUCCGGUUAGUUGCAUUGCUCAGACGCUUUCGGUUUAACUCGCAAGCUUGUAACCGCCAACAACGGAAACUAGGCAUCAUUUCACACGAAGAACUAGAGAAAUCAAUGCUUGUCCUGGUUCGAUUGUCACAGAAGGAGUGCUUUUCAGCAGAACUUCGCAGUUUGACGAAAUAUGGCCAUGUUCAAGAAUGGUCUUCAAUCAUGAGCCUACGUCCGCAGCUAUCCAGCGAGGGUUUGAUUCAUGUUGGCGGCCGGUUACUACAUGCGUCAAUCCCAGAAUCAAGAAAGCAUCCCUUUAUCUUGAACCACCAUCAUCCACUAACAUUGUUGAUUAUGCGGCACUAUUAUCUCAAGUUGUUUCAUGCAGGACAGCAACUAUUAAUUGCAUCUGUAAGAGAAAGGUUUUGGCCAACCUCAAUUCAUAGCUUGGCUAGAAGAGUCAUUCACGAAUGCAUUGCAUGCUUUAAAAAUAAACCGAAGGUUUCAGAACAAAUGAUGGCAGAUCUUCCCCCAGAGCGAGAAACACCGUCAUCACCAUUCUUGAAGGUUGGAGUGGAUUAUUGUGAACCAUUCCUCAUUAGUUAUCCUAAUCGUAAGGCCAGACCAGUAAAAUGCUACGUUGCUAUAUUUGUUUGCUUGGCUGUCAAAGCGGUGCACUUAGAGCUUGUGACCGACCUGACUACUGCAGCUUUCCUAGCGGCAUUGAAACGCUUUGUUGCCCGGAGAGGAAAACCGCAAGUGAUAAUGUGUGAUAAUGCUACCACAUUUGUUGGAGCCAAAAGAGAACUGAUGGAGCUUUAUAAACUGUUUUAUAGUCAGCAGUUCCAAGAGUCAAUCACCAAGCAUGCUGGAAGCGAUGGAAUCGACUUUCGCUUCAUCCCCCCUCGCUCACCAAACUUUAGUGGGUUAUGGGAGGCACAGGUCAAAUCGUUCAAGACACACUUCAGAAAAACCAUCGGACUCAGGACACUAAACGUCGAUGAAAUGCAAACCGCUCUUGCACAAAUCGAGGCUGUAUUAAACUCCCGCCCAAUGACACCUGUAAGCAGCGACCCUAACGACUUUGAAGCACUUACUCCUGGGCACUUCUUAGUGCAUCGUCCGUUGACAGCGAUUCCAGAACCUGAUUUACAGGGUGUUCCAUUUAAUCGGUUAUCGAUAUGGCAGCGUGCCCAGAGUUUCACACAGCAGCUUUGGAAAAAGUGGAGCACUCAAUAUCUGUCCGACCUUCACAACCGUACAAAGUGGACCAAACAACGAGAUAAUAUUACAGUGGGAACGAUGGUCUUACUAAAGGACGAAAAUGCACCACCUCUAAAGUGGAACUUGGCACGGGUAGUGAAGAUUUUUGCCGGACGAGACGGCAACAUCAGAGUUGUUACAGUACGCACGAAGGAUGGUUGCUUCGACAGAGGAAUCUUAAAAAUUUGUGUACUUCCGAUUCGUGACAACACUCAUCAAUCAACAGCAGACGGAUAUUAA